UUUGGAUCUAAAAGUGUUUUGACAAACAGUUUUGAAUGUUUUAAUUUAAGUGUUCAUUAAAUAUAUUUUGCAACGAAAAUGAUUGAUUUAAAUUAUAGCGUAGUGAGCUGGCUAAUUACGGUUAGCAUCGCUUUAAUCACUGUGUAUUUGGUGAGAUUUUAUUUGCGAGUACUUUCCCUACCAAAAGGUCCAUUUCCGUUGCCAAUACUUGGGAAUGUCUUAAUUUUCAGAGGGACAAAAGUCAAUCAGUUCAUAAUAAUCAAUGAAUUGCAUAAAACCUAUGGACCGGUAUAUACGCUAUGGUUUGGGUCGUCACCUAUGGUUAUCAUCGCUGACUAUUAUUUACUUAAAAAGGCAUUCAAUUCAAAGAAUAAUGAAUUAAUGGGUCGUCCGGUCACUGGUUUUAGUAAAAUAUUGCUUCAAAACGGGAAGAAUGUGCUCUUCACAAGUCAUGGACCCGUUUGGGCCAGUCUUAGACGGGUUGCCCACUCGGCGGUCAGAAAACUAGCCGUAAGUGAGAAGUUGUCUGAUUUGGUGGACGAUGUGGUCAAUGAAACCGUUGAGACAAUGAUUAGUAAUGAAGGCAUCGGUAAACCAUUUAAUCCCAAGACCUAUAUCUAUAUGUCUGUCAUAAACAUAAUCGCGUCGUCGGGUUUUGGCAAACGAUACUCUUUUGAAGACAAAGAACUCAAGUUUUAUGAGGAAAGCUUUGAGUACUUCAGAGCCAACGCUAAUAAAUUAGCCCUAACUGACCGAGUUCCUAUUCUCAAACCAUUUUAUGCCAAUGUGGUCAACAAAACCAUACAAACAAUGAAAGGACUGACUACGAGUGCAAAACAGAAAUAUAUGGAUCGACUGAAAGUGCACUCUUCGGGAGAGAUCCAUGACUUCUGCGAUGCGCUCAUUGAAGCCAAAGAGGAGGCCAUCGCUGACGAGAAAGAGAGCGCUUCCGCCUUAACUGAUGUCAACCUUUCACUGGUUAUUAUGGAUUUAUUUUUAGCCGGUGUCGACACAACACAGUAUACGAUGCGAUGGAUUAUACUAUUGAUGGCAAACAAUAUGGAAAUGCAGUUAAGAAUGAGACACGAAAUCAAUGAUAUUAUCGGCGAUAAAGUGGCAGACAAUCACCACAAGAAUGACUGCCAUUAUGUCAAUGCAUUCAUCGCUGAGACACUCAGAUAUAAAGGGGUCGCACCAUUAGGUGUCCCACACGUAGCCCUCUGUGACAUGCAAUUAGAUAAUUACCACAUCAAAGAGGACACAUUUGUUUUUGGAAACCUAUUGGCCAUAACUCGUGACCCCAACCUAUGGUCCAAACCGGAUGUCUUCGACCCCAACAGGUUCUUAGAUAAGGACAACAAAUACAUGUCAGCCCUCCCGGGGUUCACACCCUUUGGAAUCGGACGGCGUAUAUGUUUGGGUGAAAAGCUGGCGCUCGCGGACCUCUUUUGGGAGCUCUACCAUUCAAUGGCCGGGCAGUCA